AUGGCAUCCGAUCCCAAAUUCGUCAAAGCCAUUCCAACCACUAACAAGCGACUAAAAAGGGAACCGGGAGAGUUUCUGUGGGUCGAUUAUCAAGAUGAUAAAUCAAAAGGCCGCGAAGCAGUUCGAUCUAAACAAUCGUUCGUCCGUACAAGACACCAUCGCUUGCGAAGAGAGAAAACCGUACAUGAAUCGACGUUGAUUGCCGCGCCCCUCACCAAAUGCCAGCCCCCAGCAUCCAAUCCCAGUGCUGCUGUUGAGUCUAAAUAUGGUUGCUUUGAUCUAUCGAAUAGCCAUGAUGAAGAUGAUUAUCCAUUUGAGCAAUCAGUCAUAAUGCCGUCUCUCGAAGUGGGGGUCCUGGACGGAGCCCCUGAUCCUGUGCUCCGUUUAAGGCAUAACCCGAACGUUUAUUUCCAACAUUGUCAGUCUCAACCGGAUAUGAUACCCGAUGUGACCCUAUGGUUCUGGAGGAAGGUACUCGAUGAUCCCGCAUUGAUGCAAAUAAAGCUAUCAAUCAGUGCUUCUCACCGAGCGGCAAUUCUCAAGGCUUCGGGUGCUUCUGCAUUGGUUGUGCGGAAGCCAACACAGGAUACACUUCGCCUUCGUCUUGGAAUGAUCAAGUCAAUUCAAGAAAUCUUUCGAACUGAAAGCAAGAUAUACACCGAGUCAACCAUCUUUGCCAUCUCUCACUUACUUGUUUCAGAGUCUACAAUUAUCAAGGCGAGUAGUCAUACUACGAACACAAGAACCUCGACACUAGGAGCUCGCUUCUUCAAUGCUCCAUGGUCUAAUGAGAUUCAACCGCGGCUCAAGUUAAUCAUUUCCUGGUAUCAGCAGUUGGUCUCUUACUACGAGAGUUUAGAAACGAGUUCCGCUGAGCCGAUGUCCGUUGAGAAUGACUGUUUACUCUAUUUAAGUCACCGCUUAUUGUCUCUACCAUAUGAGAGCACACUUACACCCUUUGAAGAGACUCUUCGACUCGCUAUCCUAGUCUACUCGACUAUACGUGUUUGGAGUCUGUAUGGGAUGCGAUGCCUCGAGAUGCUGGUUGAAACGCUCCGGGAAAGGCUAUAUAAGAGCUAUUUCAGUCUUCAGAGUACAGCACAUGAUCUGUUGUUUUGGAUCCUUUUCGUGGGCAGUCUGGCAUCUAAGGGGAUGAAGUGUCAUUCGUGGUUUUUGGUGCGGCUUGUGGAUGUUGCAGAUCAAUUAUCUCUGGAGGGAUGGGGCAGCACGGUCUCGGUAUUGCAGGAAUUUCUUUUUGUUUGUCGGCCACGAGACGAACCGGCUAAGGAACUUUGGAAUGUUGCACUUGGGGGGUGUAUGACAACACUAGAGGUUGUGACCGUUCCAGGGCACAGUGAUAUGGUAAUCAGAUGA